GGAGACUGCAGUCUGAAACUGGCCAAGGAAAGGCAAACUGAUCACACGACUCUUCUGGCAGCUCCAAAUGAGGAUGGAGAUAGCGGCAACUGCCAGUAACCAGAACUGAUCACUUCUACAGCAUUCUUGGUGUAUCCAGUGAAAUUCUACACAUCCAGCAGGAUCCAACAUACAACAACUUUUCUUCUAAUGGGUCACUGUGGGACAAAAGUACUGAGAGAGACAGCAAUGGAUGGAAUACAACCCCAGCCGACUUGUGCUGGGAGCCCUCAGGGUGUUACCAAAAAUAUCAAGAUGGAAGUAAAGUGGACACAGCUGGGAAUGGUGUUCUUCCUUUUUCUUUCCAUUGUCAUGACUGGGUGCUUUCUUUGGCAAUACAGGCUCCCUAAAAUAGAAAGUGGCACAACAUCAGAGAGUGAAAAUAAUAAGGAGCCAAUGUGUCCAAGAUAUCCAGAGCCAGCACCACUGGAACACCCCAUCCCUUUCCUCAAGGAGGCAUUGGAAAAGGUAGAUAAUCUGUUGCGGCACACCAUUCAUGCCACCAGCCUGCCAUCAUUGUCGGCAAUAGUAGUUUACAAUGACACCGUCCUGUGGACUGGCAACUUUGGGAAGAGGAAUGGGUCAGACCCGCUGUCACCUCCUCCAAAUGAGUACACCAUCUACAGGAUUGCAAGUCUGUCCAAGAUCUUCCCAACUCUGAUGCUGUAUCGGUUAUGGGAAGAAGGCAAAGUGACAUCUUUAGACGACCCUCUAGAGAAGUAUGUGGAGAACUUCACUAUCAAGAAUCCUCUGGGGAAGGCCAAAGACUCAGAGCACAAAUACAUUACAGAUGGCCUCAUCUUCCUAGACAGUGCAGAAAUGCCAGUGUGAUCCUCUUCUGUCACAUUACGUCGAAUGGCAAGUCAGCUCUCAGGUUUUCCCAGACGACUGAGAGCGACCAAUUUGCUUUGGAAAGGCAAGACCCAAAUUGCCAUCAACUUACUGCAAGAUGAUGUUUUAGUCGCUGAUCCUGGCACCAGAUGCCAUUACAGCAAUCUGGCAUUUUCCCUGUUAGCGCAUGUUUUGGCUGAGAAGGUGUCAAACUCCAACUACCAGCGAUGGGUGUCAGAAAACAUUCUGGAUCGCUUAGGAAUGGAAGAUACAGGAUUUGACAUAACUUCAGCUGUUCGGGCCCAAAUGGCUAUUGGUUUCUACAGCAAUGGACAGCCUGCCCCACUGUAUGACUUAGGCUGGUAUCGACCCUCUGGACAGAUGUAUUCCACAGCAGCUGACCUGGCCAAGCUGGCAAUGAUCUUUUUAGGGUCUUACCACCGGCGCUUUCUUGAGCCCGAUACAGUGAAAAUCAUGCUAACUCCUGUUUUCCGCUGCUCCAAAGAUUAUUUUGCCAAUAGGACUGGCACCCCCUGGGAGAUCAAUGACCAGUUAAACUAUGAGGUGAUCCGCAAAGAUGGUGACCUGGAUGGUUACUCAGCCACCUUCUCUCUUAUCCCUCGUCUUAAACUUGGCUUCAUUGUUCUGAUGUCUGGAUCGCGACCUCAGAAUGAGGAUGUGGUAAUGAAGGCUUACAGCUACCUUAUCCCAGCCAUGGAAGCUGCUUUUCGUGAGGCAAAUCGCAUCCUUUCUCCUCCUCCCAAUUCAAACCCAUAUACAGGAUACUACACUUAUGGCAACAUAACUUUCUAUGAGAUCAAAUCGGGUGCUGAUGGUGUUCUCAUCAUGCAGCAGUUUGGCCCACAUAUUGAGGACCUGAUCCCUGAGAGGUACAGGACUAUUAGGCUCAACUACUUAGCAGACAGGGUCUUCCAAGUGGUAUUUGAGAAAGAGUACCCCUGUGUGUUACGUGUCAGCACGGCCUCUGUCUCACUGGAGGCUCAGGAUGGGCAGCUGUUCAACUUUUAUCCUUUUGAUAAGAAGGGAUUGUCUCCUGGCUUUGAUGCUCCAGGACUCAACACAUACAACGUGGUCAGGAUUCCUCGCCGACCAACCUUUAAGACCUGA